AUGUUGUAUGGAGGGGUUAUCGGUGCCUUCAACUGCCAAGGAGCCGGUUGGGACCCUAAGGAACAAAGGAUCAAAGGCUACUCACAAUGCUACAAACCAAUGCCGGGUUCAGUUCAUGUGAGCGAGAUCGAAUGGGACCAAAAGAAGGACGCAGCUGAAAUGGGUGAAGCUGAGGAGUAUGCAGUCUACCUUAGCAAGGCCGAGAAACUGUUCUUGACAACGCCCAAGUCUGAAGCCAUUUUAAUGACCAUUCAACCAUCUACUUUCGAGAUUUUCAGCUUUGUGCCAAUCAAGAAGCUCAAUCUGACCACCAAAUUCGCCCCAAUUGGAGUCACCGACAUGUUUAACAGUGGAGGGGCCAUACAAGUGUUGGAGUACAAUGAAGGUGGUGCUACUGGUAAGAAUAAUGUGAAAAUUAAGAUUAAAGGUGGUGGGAAUUUCUUAGCCUACUCGAAUGUGUCACCAAAGAAGUGCUGCUUGAAUGGUGCUGAAGCUGGCUUCGAGUGGUCAGGAGAUGGCAAAUUGGCCUUGAAGCUCCCCUGGAUUGAAGAGGCUGGUGGCAUUUCUGAUGUGGCUUUUAUCUUUUAA